AUGAUUGUCGCUCACACUCCAAAAACUUAUUUUGGUUCAGGAGAUAUACAAAAAUCAUUGGGUUCUGUUCCUGGAUUUCCAUGGGCGAAAUAUCCUGGAGAAAAACAUCUUCCCGGUCAUAAUUACACUGGUCCAGGUACCAGAUAUUACACCAAAUUUAAAGUUGGAGAUCGAGUUCGUAUUUUCAAAUAUAAAAGUAAAUUCGAAAAAGGUUAUGUUGGAUACUGGACAAACGAAAUAUUCAUCGUUGAUAAAAAACUAAAAAAACCUAACACUACAGCAUGGAUAAAUAAUGUGAAACCUUACUUUGUGGAUCAAAUCGGAGACACUCUUCAAGGUGAUUUAGAUACGAACAAUUUCAAAGUAACUAAUUUAAAAUCUCUGGAAAAUGAUAAUCACGCUGUUCACAAGAAAUAUUUACGGGAACAAAUAAAUUCAAUUGAAGUAAAUAAAAACCAUUUAGAAGAAAAAAAAAGUAAUGUGAAAAGAUUCUUCAAACGUCAAGUAAAUAAUAAAAAUUUUGUUAAUGAAACUAAACUACAACAAGAGGUGGCAGGUUUAAUAAGUUUUAUUCAAAAACAAUUAGUCAACGUAGUCAAAACUAAGUUACAAAAUUUAAUUUCAUUAAUAUCUAAAUUAGAUGAUAAGAUUGCAAAACAAAAAUUAGACAUUCAACAAUUAAUAGAUAACAUUCCAGAUGAAAAUGAAGAUAUGUUUCAACAGGAAUUAAAUGCUCUGGAAACUAAACUUAACGAUGAAAAAAAUUCUAAUUGA